UGAUGACGUAGAAUGUCCGUGCCGGAAAGUUACAUGCAUGGUAUUCAAGAUGGCGGCCCCCUUAUGUCAGUGUUAUCAGAUAUGUGUAAGAAGAGGCUUGGUUGCCUUCCCUUCUUCUCACCUGCUGCUCCCGAACAGAACCAAUGUUUACAGGAUAUGUGGGCUCCCCUCAAGAUCUCCACAGCCUCCUCUUCUUCAGGUGCGGUGUAUGUCGGGGGAGAAGGGCGGAGGGAGAAAAGGUUUCCUGGGGGAGUUUUUGGAUAACAUCAAGCAGGAGCUGAACAAAAACAAAGAAAUGAAAGAAAACCUCAAGAAGUUUCGGGAAGAGGCCAAAAAACUUGAAGAGUCCGACGCGCUGAAGCAAGCUCGGAGGAAAUAUAAAACCAUCGAGUCAGAAACGGCGAAAACCUCCGAGGUUCUGAAGAAGAAAUUGGGUACCAUUUCUGAGACGGUUAAAGAGGGGCUGGAGGAGGUCAGUCGUACAGAGAUUGGUAAGAAAAUCAAAGAGGGGAUGGAGGAAGCUGCCAAAACAGCAAAGACAUCUGCAGAGAGCGUCUCCAAGAGUGGAGAGAUGCUGGGGAAGACGGGUGCGUUCAGAGCGAUAUCUCAGAGCGUGGAGAGUGUGAAGAAGGAGAUCGGUGACCUGGGCCAGACGGGCCCAUACAAGCCUCCGGCCAGGCUCCGGAAGAGGACAGAGUUCUCCUCCAAGGGCGCCGGGGAUGAAGGAAAAGUUUUCGAAGCCAACGAGGAAGCUAUGGGCGUGGUGCUGCACAAAGACUCUAAAUGGUACCAGCAAUGGAAAGACUUCAAGGACAACAAUGUAGUCUUUAAUAGGUUCUUUGAGAUGAAGAUGAAGUACGACGAGAGCGACAACGUCCUCAUCAGAGCUUCCCGUGCUGUCACGGACAAGAUGACCGACAUCAUAGGUGGUUUGUUUUCGAAGACAGAGAUGUCGGAGGUUUUAACAGAGAUCUUGAAAGCGGAUCCUUCCUUUGACAAAGAUUCUUUCCUGAAGCAAUGUGAACGAGAUAUCAUCCCAAAUAUUCUGGAGGCGAUGAUCAGAGGGGAGCUAGAGAUACUGAAGGACUGGUGUUAUGAAGCGACAUACAGCCAGCUAGCACAUCCAAUUCACCAAGCCAAAGCCAUGGGACUUCAGUUCCACUCCAAGAUUCUGGACAUAGACAAUAUAGACCUGGCCAUGGGGAAGAUGAUGGAGCAGGGUCCGGUGCUGAUCAUAACUUUCCAGGCUCAGCUGGUCAUGGUGAUUCGGAACACCAAGGGAGAAGUGGUGGAGGGGGACCCUGAUAAAGUGCUCAGGAUGAUGUACGUGUGGGCUCUGUGUCGAGACCAGGAAGAGCUAAACCCAUAUGCCGCCUGGAGACUACUGGACAUCUCUGCUUCCAGCACUGAGCAGAUCCUCUAGGACUCUUUAAAAUGCACAAAACGCACAAACCCAGGGAGCGAACGCCGUACCUGACCAGGCCCAGAAGCUGCCGGGAAAGAUGAGAGGGAGGAGAAGACUUGUAGGGAUCAGCAGAUAUGGCGUGGGCUUGUUUCACCUUACAAACACUGUGGAAUAGUGUUGCUAACCGCUGUAGGUGCCUCACUGUCAUUUUUGUUUUAUUGUAAUUUCUUUGGGAUAAACCGAUUUUUUUUUUUAUUUUUUAUUUUUUUUCCUUGAAGGCCUGAGUUGUUUGUGGUCGUUCCUCUGGCUCACACUAGAGGGCAGCAGGCAGCCAAAAACAUUCACCUGAAGUCAUUUUCUGCAGCGUGGACAUAGCUCACAUUCCUUUCCUCCCAGGCAUUAUAAAUUUAUUAAGAUUUAUCAGUUUUAUUAUGCCUGACAAAACACUAUGGAAAUGUAGGUAUUUUGUUGCCCGAAUUAUGUCGGUUUGGCUUAAUUUCUUUAAAGCUGGUUCCUCUGUAAUCGGUCCGUCAUGGUUUUCUCUCCCUCAGAUUUGUUGUCAUAUGUUGUCAGAGCCAAUCAGAGCUCAGCUGUCCUCAUCAUUACUCUUCUGUGGUAAUCAUGCUAUAUAAUUGUUCCACUGUCAGCGAGUCUAUAUUUAUUAUGAAAAAUAAAAUUAAACAAGUUUUCUUUCCCUAGAACAGACAAACAUUUUCAUU